AUGUCUCCGUAUUCAUUUGUUGUAUUGUUAUUUUUGGUGAUUGUUUCAAUUGUUAAUGCUGGUGAAAAAGUUUGUCCUGGUUAUGGAUUUAUUCGACCACCGGAUAAAUGUGAAUCAACAUGUUCACGCGAAAAAGACGAAUGUCCACAGGGCAAAAAAUGUUGUUUCCGUAUUGAACAACCAUGUGGUUUUCAAUGUAUUGUACCGAAAGAUAACGAAAAAAAACCAGGUAACUGUCCAACAUCUGCAACUGAACAACAAAAUCCAUAUUGGAAUUUAUGUGAUGGACAUUUUUGUGAUGUUGAUAAUGAUUGCAAAGGUGAUAAAAAAUGUUGUCCCAAUAUGUGCGGUUCGACAAUAUGUAUUGCACCAAAAUAA